AAAAUGGCUCAAAUAAAUCAUCAUCUUCUUCUUCUUCUCUCUGUAAUCUUCUUUGCUAAUCUGAUUUCUUUUUCAUGUCAACAAGACUUGAGUUUCGUCUACAAUGGCUUCAACCAAGGCCAAGCCAUUCUUCACCUAGACGGCGUUGCAAGAUUCCAAAACUCAGACGGAUUGUUGCAGCUAACCGAUGCCACGGCUCAGAAAAUGGGUCACGCUUUUUUCAACCGCCGGUUCGAUUUCGGUUCGGUUUCAUCUCAAUCACUUUCUUUCUCAACUCACUUCGUUUGCGCUUUGGUUCCUAAACCAGGAGCUGAUGGUGGUCAUGGGAUUGCCUUUGUUCUAUCAUCUUCAAUGGAUCUCACACAAGCAGAUCCAACUCAAUACUUAGGACUCUUCAACAUCUCAACUAAUGGAUCUCCUUCUUCUCAGCUUUUAGCUAUCGAGCUUGAUACCGUCCAGAGCGCAGAGUUUGACGACAUCGACAAGAAUCAUGUCGGUAUAGACGUAAACAGCCUCCAAUCUGUUGUGUCUGCUCCAGCAAGUUAUUAUUCAGACAGAGAAAGGACCAACAAAAGCUUGACACUCUUGAGUGGAGAUCCAAUACAAGUAUGGAUUGAUUAUGAAGAUACUCUACUCAAUGUUACAUUAGCUCCUAUAAGAGAUCAAAAGCCAAGUAAGCCUCUCUUGUCAAGAACGAUAAAUCUUACAGAAAUCUUUCCGGAUCGAAAAGCGUUUGUCGGGUUUUCUGCAGCAACUGGAUCAUUGAUCAGUUACCAAUACAUCUUGGGGUGGAGUUUCAGCAGAAGCAGAGUUUCAUUACAGAGUCUUGACUUGUCAAAACUCCCCUCUGUUCCUCGUCCCAAGAUACACAAGAAAACAUCUCCUCUGCUUAUUGUUCUACUGGUUAUACUCGCGCUUAUAGUAAUGGUGGCUCUUGGAGGAGUUUUUGUGUACAGGAGGAAGAAAUACGCAGAAGUUAAAGAGCCAUGGGAGAAAGAAUAUGGUCCACUUCGUUAUUCUUACAAAUCUUUGUAUAAAGCAACAAGAGGGUUUAACAAAGAUGAUCGUCUUGGAAAAGGUGGUUUUGGAGAAGUCUAUAAAGGAACUCUACCUCUUGUGGGAGAUAUAGCGGUGAAGAGACUAUCACACGAUGCAGAGCAAGGGAUGAAACAGUUUGUUGCUGAAGUUGUGACAAUGGGAAGCUUGCAGCACAAGAAUCUGGUUCCUCUUCUAGGGUAUUGCAGGCGCAAAGGAGAGUUAUUGCUGGUGUCUAAGUACAUGGAAGGAGGUAGUGUUGAUCAGUAUUUGUUUCACUGUGAUAAACCGCCUCUCUCUUGGUCACAAAGACUUGCUAUUUUGAAAGAUAUCGCAUCUGCGCUCUGUUACUUGCAUACAGGAGCAAGUCAAGUUGUGUUACACCGAGAUAUCAAAGCUUCUAAUGUCAUGUUAAAUGGGAAUUUACAAGGUUUUUUAGGAGAUUUUGGGAUGGCUAGGUUUGAUGAUAAUGGAGCUAAUCUCUCAGCAACAGCAGCUGUAGGAACCAUAGGUUACAUGGCGCUUGAGCUAACAUCAACAGGAACUUCCACUAAGACCGAUGUGUAUGCAUUUGGUGCAUUCAUGCUUGAAGUAACAUGUGGGAGGAGACCAUUUGAUCCAGACAUGCCGGUUGAGAAACGACAUUUGGUCAAAUGGGUUUUUGAAUGCUGGAGAAAGGGCUCACUAGAUGAAGCUGUAGAUAGAAGAUUGAGAAGUAAAUUCAUCCAUGGGGAAGUCGAAAUGGUUCUGAAACUUGGGUUGCUAUGUACAAGCAUUGUACCCGAUUCAAGACCAACAAUGGAGCAAGUGGUUCAAUACAUCAACAGACACAAAACGUUGCCUGAUUUCUCUCCAGAUACUCCUGGAAUUGGAGUUUCUACACCGGUGUUAAUGGGUUUACCUUCCUUAGCAAUCACUUCCACUUCAAUGGCCUCAUCAGUUUCUUCUUCCUCUGCCAACAACUCAAUGUUCAUUUCUCACACAAUCAUUUAUGGUGAUGGAAGAUGAAAUCUAACAACUUUCUUCACAUUCUUUGGUAGUACAGCUUAGAGAUCUCAUUGCCGCUCUGGAUCAUCUAUCUCAGCGAGUCCUUAACAAUUUUACACUUUUAUCACUUCUGUUGUAAAAAAGUUUUUAUUUGAUUUUUCAAAUUUUCCAUUAACAGAUGUGGAAAAUUUCUCUGUAUAACUUUUGUCUAUACAAUGGUUUAUAGUAUUAGACCAUUGUAUAUAGUUUUACGAA